UCGAUCCGGUCAAGUGCUGGUGUGCUGUGUGUGUUUGGUUGCGGCUGGCUAGUACCAAACGCUUGGUGGAGCUGAAUAUUGCGGCUUCUGGCUGUUUUAUUUGGCAGUGUGGUCGACAAAAAGGUGCCUUCGGGGAAAAGAUCUUGUAUCUCUAGUGCAAUUUUUAGAAAAAGAAGAAACGUACAGAAUGUCGACCAGUGCCGGGUCUAGCAGUACAGGCGGAGGAGGUGGUGGCGGUGGCGGCGCAGGUAGUGGUUGCGGUUCUGCGGGUGGUGGAAGCAGCGGGAGCAGUGAUGGCGGUAACAAUGCCGGUGGGCGCCGCAACGGCAACGGAAAUGGCAGUGGAACGACGGCGGGAACGGAGACGAGCAUUCCGAAGCCAGAAACGAAGGAAACAAAAUCGAAUCCAAAAAUAUCCAAAGCGCUCGGAACGUCGGCUAAACGAAUCCAGAAAGAGCUGGCUGAAAUAACGCUGGACCCACCGCCAAACUGUAGCGCCGGGCCGAAGGGUGAUAAUCUGUACGAAUGGGUCUCAACCAUUCUCGGGCCACCGGGCUCGGUGUACGAGGGGGGUGUCUUUUUCCUGGACAUACACUUUUCCCCGGAGUAUCCGUUCAAACCACCAAAAGUGACAUUCCGGACUAGGAUAUAUCACUGCAAUAUUAACAGCCAAGGUGUGAUUUGUCUGGACAUUCUCAAGGACAACUGGUCCCCGGCGCUGACCAUAUCGAAGGUGUUACUGUCCAUCUGUUCCCUGCUAACAGACUGUAAUCCUGCUGACCCACUAGUGGGAAGUAUUGCGACCCAAUAUUUACAGAACAGAGAAGAGCACGACCGGAUCGCCCGUUUGUGGACUAAAAGAUAUGCUACGUGAUUUCUCUGCCCGAGCUGCAAUGUAAAUUUUUUAUUUGAAUUCAAACCUAUUUAUAAAUUUAACCAUAACAACAAUUCAAAUCAACCCAAAAAAAUGAAACACAACUUCACACCAAUAAAUAGGUUGAUGAUUGAUUUGUAAGAAGAGACAGAAUAACUAAUAACAACGCGCGCAGCAGCAAUAGAAAACGGACGACGUGUGAAGGGCGACGGCACAGAGCAGGUGGCGCCAGUCAACAGAGGAAGAAAGACGCAGCUAGCAGAGAUGCGGGAAGCAAAGAAUCGUAGAAAUAUGUAUUUAGUAAUAUUUUUCCAAUCGAUUCAACCAACAAUCACGCCAAGUAACUCAUAAACAAAAAAGGAAUAGUUUAAGUCGAACUCUGAUCCGCAUAUAGCCACUCGCGAAACACACACUCGGUGAAAGAGGCAAUAGGGGCAACGACCACCGUCUUCUUUAUAUUUAUUUCCUCUUGCAAAAUGUUUGAAUUAUAUAGGGUUCCAAUCAAACUACGCGCUGUUGCGACCAUCGUUCGUCAGUGGUAGGUUGUUAAUUCCAAAUCCGGAGGUGAAUAAAUGGCGAAAAACCGGCAUCCAGAAGUUAGAAUCACCCCGAAACCGAUGGAAUACACGUAGGUGCGCGACAUAAUACCCUAGCAACCCCUGCUUUUGGAUGUCGUCAUGCGAACUGGAUUGACGUGAGGGCCUGACUUACGCCGAAGUAGUAUGCUCACAAGUAAACAAAGUGAGCUGGGUUUUUAACAAUAGAAACGUUGAAGCAUGCAUUCUUCGUAGCAGACAGGCGGAUUGAGUAAGAUUUAAGUCCUGUUAGGAACACAACCGUCAGCUUCCAUGUUGUUUUUUGGUGUAAUGAGCUCGCCUCAACCGGAACCGGACCCCGCCCACUUACACUGAACGCAACGCGCAAUGUGUGCUUUCUGGCAAUGGAGAGUCUGGCAUCGCUAGGUAAACUAUUUUAUUCAUACGGAUUGCUAGGAACAUUACUAGAAAGGAUCUCCUAGUAACAUCAUAGGGAAACGAGUAAAUCAAAGCUUGGUCGCAGAUGGUAUGACCGGCAAAUUAAACAACAAAUGAUAUGAUAUAGUCUGUAGUAAAGAGAGUGAUUCACCACGCAGGAACUCUAUCGCGCGCGCGGCACGCCCUAACCACGAUUGAUGGUAGCACAUAUUGAGACUGAGCAGAUGGCGGAUGCUUGUGUUGGUUGUUCUCCGGGUCGCUAUUGAACGUUUUUCCUUUUGCCAUCCGGUACAUCAAUCGAUCAGGUGGUUCUUCAUUCACAACACGCCAGUUAUCGCAAGCGAUCUCAUGUUCCUCUAAUGCUACUGCAAGAUCAUUAAUUUAGUACGUUCAACCAGUCGAACAAAUAUGGGAUAAGCGGCAGUAUCGUGUUCAUUUUCCUGCCCGGAAGUACUAUUAGGAAAUAUUUUGAGCGAUCAUUUUUCAUAUGGUUGCCGUUUAUUUACCUUUUCAGCAAAAUGAAGGAUUAUUUGCUAAUCGUUACUGUGCCGGAGACCCCCCAUGAAUGCAGUACACGGAUGGUUGAAAGGAGGAGACUUGUAAUGCGGUAUCCGUGCAUCGAUAGGGCCCCAAAAUCCAUUCGAGGGAACGGAAGAUGUGGUGGAGAUUGUAAUGAAUGAACUAAGGGAAUAAUGUGAUAUGUAUAAACAAGGGGAGACAGAUUUGACAGAAAAGUAAAAAACAACUCGAAACAGAAAUGUGUGUUUCGUGAGCGAACAGAAGGAUCUGUUUAUUGCACUAAUCGCUCGGCGGAGAUGCGCACACCUUCACUGGGAACUAGACGCGAGUAAAGCACCUAAUCGUAUUCCUGCUGAUGCCUCUCGGUGUUUUACUAUGAAGCGGUGCUUGAGAUUGAACUCCGCGUCCCCGUUUUUCGUGCAAAAUCAGGUAAUAUCUUCUGUUGAGCAUUAUUUCUGGCAAGCCUAACGAGUGUCAAUCGAGAACAGUUAUGUGGUGAGCCGUCGAUAGGUCCGUUACCAACAAACGCUUUACAUAAAACGAAACAGAACAGCGCAAGAGCCGUGUGGUACGAUGAAUGUUUCAACAGUUUUGCAUAAAAUUGGACCAACGCUCCAACGUGCACUUCUGAGUCCUGUAUUCCUGAAUUCGUUCGAAAGGGCACACUGAACCCAAUCUGAGUAAAAGCAGCGGUCGCGUGCUAAGGAUGUGUGUGAUUCUUCCUAGAUUACGUAUAAACCGUGCAGGGCCGGAGCCGAUAGACUGGAACGAAUCGUUCUUGUAGGUGUAUGAUUUAUCUUACUUUUAGUAUUUGAAUAAGUUUGUAAGGAAAGUGCUACGAACAGGCAAAAGUGAGUAAUUCAAUCAAAGCAUAAUCUAGCACGGUCUAUAGCUAGCCAGGAUCAUAUGGGUGAACCAGAGAGCGAAACUACCUAGCCCUUUAAAAGUGUUGUAUGAAAUCGGAACUCAGCAACUCCUCUCACAAGUUUGCGUGUGUGUGUGUACUUGGCGUGGUGCACAUCCGGCAAGUCACCGACGGUGUUGUGUACCGUAUCAGCACGCCACGCUACUCAAAACUUGAUGGAUUCCGAGUAAGCAAACAGCUACAUACGAACCCCAAAUAUCAGGUUCAUUGGUAUCAUCAUUCCGACGCUCCAUUUGGUCCGGGUUUCCACCUUUUCAUGGCGUGAAGAUACUGACACGUCAACAGACACACGCUGACACACGCUGUGGUGGUUGGGAGGAAAUUUUAAAAUGCUGAUUCAAACGAAUUUCCCCGACAAGCGCGAAUAGCGUUGUCACAGAACGGACAUAAAUAUUUAAAAUUAUGGAAGUAAUGAAAACAAAAA